CUGGUAAAAGUGACGUAAAGUUGUAAUGAUUGAAAGCAGGUUCGCGAAGCAAUUGCCAAUCUUUAGAAAUGAAUUGCAAUGGGGGGUUGUCGAUGGGUAAUGAACGUAAGACAAACGUCUUUAUGGAUUCUAAGCCAAUUAUCACAUUUGCAGGAGAUGAAAAAUUAUUCUCUACGGUGGAAAAUGGUUUGUUGCAAGCCAUACCUGCAGACAUGGUUGAAUGGCGUAGGUCAUUCAGUCGACCAAUUAAACAGGUCAGACUUGGGGCAAAUUUUGUGCCAUUUUCUAAGGAUGUUCUUCCAGCUGAGAAAGAUUGGCAUCUGAUAAAACAACCUAUAUUUCACAUUUAUUGGAGUGAAUGUUCAGAUGUAGAUACUUAUAAAGCCAGUAUCAAAGAUGACAUAGAUAGUUGGUUGAAAACGUUAUUACAGUAUCAUAUUCAAGAUUGGAUGAUUGUUUUAGUAGAAACUUAUGAUAUAAAGAAAACAAAUAAACUGUUACCUAGAACAACUGUUCUAGACAAAAUUCGCAGUGAUUUUGCUUCUAAGAAUGGGGACAGAUGUUUUUCUGUAAUAAACUCUGUAAAAUCAGAGAUGCGUUCAGCCGAAUCGUGGAGAGGUUUAGUUAAUCGUAUGCGUCAGUUAAUGCUUAUGGCAUAUGACAAAACGUUGUCUCGAUUUGAAGAUGUCAUUAGAGAACAAAAAGAAAACAGGAAUCAUCCAACCUGGAAUUUCUGUCACUUUUUUUUAUUGCAGGAAGAACUUGCAUUUGUUUUACAAAUGUUAGGCUUACAUGAUGAAGCAUUAGUGCAAUAUGAUGAAUUAGAUGCUCUUUUUACACAAUUUGUGCUUGAUUUUAAUCUAGGAGACACUCCAAAUUGGUUAAAUUUGUUUCAAACUCCUUUAAAUAAUUGGGGAGGUGUUAAUUUAAGUAAUGGUACAAAUCAUCAUCUAAGAUACCUUUUGGCUGAGUGUAAAGCAUCAUUGUUAGAUCUUAGAAGUUAUUUAUUCAGUAGACAAUGUGCCAUGUUAUUAGCGCUCAAUAAACCAUGGGAGGUUGCACAAAGAUGCUUAUCAUUUGUACAUAACACGUUAAGUGAAUUACGUAUCUUAGAAGUUCAACGACCCGAAGGAUCUAUCGAAUGUUGGUCCUUCCUCUGUGCACUGGAGGUACUGCAAGCUUGUCAAUUAUCAUCCUACAAUAUUGAUAAUAAUGAGCAAUUAGAUCUAUGCUCUCUUCACACAGCCAGUUUAUGGGCUCUUGCCAGAGAUAAAUUGGGAGAUCUAGGAAAAUUAUGUGGUUUAAUGCCUGGAAAUGAACCCUCUAGUGAGCAGUUACACACAGUUGUUUACCUUAUAGCUGGUAUGGGUGAUUCUGAACCACAGAUAGAAGGAAAGUUAACACCAACUGAUAAAUUGAAAGAAGCACUUUCCUCAAAGGAAGCAUUCAAAAAACAGUACCUCGAACAUGCAGAAUUAGCUAUGGGUACUUACAAACAUGUAGGUCGCAUUCGAUCAGCAAGGUUAAUAGGAAAAGAAUUAGCACAAUUUUACAGUGAACUUGGGGAGAAUCCGAAAGCCGUAGCAUUUUUGUUAGAUGCCUUGAAAACUUAUACCGAUGAAGGUUGGAGACAUUUAGCAGCGCAUACUCAGUUAGAAUUGGCACAAUGCUACAAAAGGAUGGAUGACGUUGAGAAAUACACAAAAGUUAGCGCAGCAAUUGCCAGCUUGAAUGUAUUGCACGUUACAGUGCGUAACACGUAUUUCGAAGAAAUGCUUGGCUACAUGAAAAUGAUUUCAUCUCCGCAACCAUUACUUAUAGAACUCGGAUGUGCUUUUGUAAUACUCAGUAUGGAAGUUAAAGUAAUGGACAAAGUGGUGCAAGACUGCGUGGUUAAUAUCGAGAUCAGUAUACAAAGUUUAUUUCCGAGAGAAGUGAGAUGCACUAAGGCGUCCAUAUCUGUUGAAGAAAUUCAGAAACCUCAGGCAUUGACUAAAAAGAAGGGGUCAAAGACAUCUGUCGAACCUUCAAUCCCACUGUUAUCAAAAUGUACACUUGAGGAUAUGCAACCAUUUGAUCCAAGAUUACUUCAAUUAGAAGUGUAUUCGUAUUUAGAUUAUAAAGAAGAUAAGAGUCUUGGAUCAGCUAGUGUCGUACAUAGAAAUACUAAGCCUGUCGUAAGACGUUCUGAUAGUACAAAACAUAGGAAACCAUCUGUAAAUGCAAAAGGUGAUUUUAGUAAAGCGUUAUCGUGUGACGAGUUUAUAAUGAAACCAGGCAUGAAUACGUUUACAUUGGUCCGAUGUGUUGAUCAGCCUGGAUUUUACAAAGUUGGUCAACUGUCGUUAGUUGUUGAGGAAAAAUUAGAGUUUCUGUCGACUGUUUUAAAUCCUCAGUUAUGUUAUGAAGUGGCUAAAACUCAACCAAGAAUUACCUUGAAAUGCGGCAGAGAUUUAUUGGCGGGCCUUAUUCAAAACAUAGAACUAAUUGUAACGAGUGGCAGCAUAAAAAUAAUAAAAGACAUGAAAUUUAAGUUACGUACAUCUAGAGGAUUAGUAAUACAAGUUGUCGAAUCAGAAGAAGUAAUGUGUAAAGAACUAGAGAUAUCACUGCCAGUUUGUGAACCAUUCCAAACAAUGCGGUUGCAGUUAAAAGUUCUAGCCGAACUACCACCAAAGAAAGAUACCUUAUCGAUGGAACAUAAGUUGAACAUACAGUGUCCAUGGGGUGCCGAAGAAAGCAUACCAUUACAUUUCGGACCACCUCUUAUGUCAACUAUGAAACUUCACACAGCAAACCGAAGAAAAUUUCUUCAAAUAGUUGUAACAGGAUUAACAAAACAACUUUUACAGUUGACUGAUCCAGAAUUAACAACAGUAACAUCUAUAGACAUUAAUUUUCAAAGUUUAAAUCCAAUUGCGGGACAGAGAUUAAUAAUAGGCAACGAAGUAAACGUGUCGUUUAUGUGGGAACUUGAAAUUGGUAAAGAUGAGAAAUCUAUGAUGCCUAUAAAGACUGAUUUUCGUGUUAAAUAUAUACCAAUUAAUGAUGCCGAAGAACUGAAUGAUGAUCCAUUGCACUUACAUAAUUUGCAAAGAAUGGAAAAAGGAACCAGCGUUUACAGAUGCAAUUUUGAUAUUAUAGACUAUAUGACUUUGUUUACAGUGUCCUCAAAAGUUCAGCCAGCUGGAAAUGGAGGUGAAUUUUGUCGUGCUGGUAGCAUGUGCCAUCUUUAUCUCACAGUAACACGUAUAUUGCCCAGUCCCAAUCCAAAUCCUCCGCCUCAAUUAAUGUACGAAGUUCUUGCCGAUCAAGCCAUGUUGUGGGCUGUAUGUGGUCGUACUGCUGGCAUUGUGUCGUUGGAAGUCCUAGAAAAACAAAGUGUCACAUUGGACGUGAUGCCAUUAACCAGUGGUUAUUUACCCCUUCCCGUUGUUAGAUUGUCGCGAUAUAUCCCAGCAUCAGAAUCAAAGAGUGACAUUCGCAAAAGCGAAAUAGCUUCCGUUCCAAGAUUAGAACCGUUCAGUCCUGGACAAGUCUAUAAUGCUAGCAAAGCACAACAAGUUCAUGUUUUACCGGCAGCACCUACAGAAGCAAAUUGA